UGUAAUAAAUCAUCAUCAUUAUCAUUAUCAUCAUCAUCUGCUGCUGCUAUCUCAUUUUCCUCAUAUCAAUAUUAAUAAUAAAGAGAGAAUUAGUAGGCAAAGGAGGCAAUCCAAACCAGCAAUUAAUAUUUGUCCUCAUCUGCUGCAAUGUUGGUCUGAUGAUCCCUCCAUCCAUCCUGUAGGUGCCAAGAUGGUCAAUCAGGGUUUUUCCGUGGAUUUAAACAAACCACUUGUCUUCCAGGUUGGCCAUCUUGGAGAAGCUUAUGAGGAAUGGGUUCAUCAACCUAUUAUCACCAAACAUACCCCGCGCUUUUUCGCAAAUGGCCUUAUGGAGUUCUUUACACGCACACCUUGGUGGGCUGUUCCUCUCAUCUGGCUACCCGUUGUCUGCUGCUUCGUCUUAUCUUCUAUAAACACCGGCACUCCUCUUCAUUUUGUAGCAGCAACAACGGCAGCCGGUGUCUUUGGAUGGACAUUGAUGGAGUACACUUUGCAUCGCUUUGUUUUCCACAUCCAAACAAACACCUAUCUGGGAAACACACUCCACUAUCUCCUUCAUGGCUGCCAUCACAAGCACCCAAUGGACGGUCUCCGCCUUGUUUUCCCUCCAGCUGCAACAGCAAUUGUGCUCAUGGCUUUGUGGAAUUUGAUCAAGCUUUUACUACCUGCAUCUUAUGCCCCUGCUGUGACUGGAGGUAUCUUGCUGGGAUAUGUGAUGUAUGAUUGCACUCAUUACCAUCUGCACCAUGCAAAACCAAAUGGAGGUUUACAUUAUCAACUCAAGAGAUUCCACAUGAACCAUCACUUCAGAAAUCAGGACAAGGGAUUUGGAAUCACUACAACUUUCUGGGACAGGUUAUUUGGAACACUUCCUCCGCCAACGUCUACCAAGAAAGUGACGACUGAUUAAGGAGAGUCGACAUGAGAUUAGUGUAAAUUAGUUUUUUUCCUCUGGCGAAAAAUGAAGUACUGUUUGGUGGAUUUUAGCAUAUAUACCAUUAUCCUCCCUCUAUGAUGUAUAUGUUUCUGGUUUUUCAGCUGUCACAUUGUAGAGGAGUCUUACUCUCACUCUCACCUAGAGCGUCCAGUUGUGAUGAUUUGUCUUUGAUCACUGUUUAUGAGACAAUUUGUUCAUACCCAAAGUUUUGUCAACUACUCUAUAAUGAUUACAAACUUAUUGUGGUA